ACGAGAAAGCGAUAGCAGUCUGUGUGGAGGAAACGCGCAGCGGUGCCCCGAGGGUUAUUUCUGUCAUCGUCCAAGAAUCAGCACAGUUUAGACACAGACGACCAAGGAGAGGAAAAACUACUGGAGCUAAUGCUUGCAAUUUAUUUGGGCUACUUUAUUUUAAAAACGAGAAUAAGAGUAGUCUAUAACAUAAUGACGUAUCUAACCAUCUAACAAGUCAGACUAAGUAGCACCCAGACAACAGUGCAUUGCCGUGUAUCAGAUCAUAGUUGACAAGACCUGUUCACCAUUUCAACUAUCGUCGACUGAUCUUGUGAGAAAUCACUUUCAUUGCACACCCUUUAUCUGGGAUAGUUGCUCGCUACUACGGAAACCAUGCAAGAAAGGUUACAUUAUUUUCCGCCCAGCUGAACAAAGGAGUAACUAUUUAAUUGCCUGUUUCAACAAGACAGCAGCCGGUCUUUUUUUCGGGUUUCCGAAUUCGGGGUCGAACGCUUCCCCUCCGGUUGCGCAGCCAAGCUCGGUCCUAAAGCGUGCUGGAGGGCUCCAUGCAGCCACAAAGGGAGAGGAGGGAAGUGCGAUCCCGUGCUGGAUGGAUGGUUAUGGGGAAAGGAGGAAGACCUUCGGCGCUAAAUGUUGGCAAGAUCCUCACAUUGUUAAUCUACGUUUUUCCCACAGUGAGCCUGCAGUGCAAGAUCCUCAGGUGUAACUCGGAGUUCUGGGCCUCCACCUCAAGCGCGGGCCCGGAGGAGGAGUUCUGCACCGCCCUGCGAGCCUACAACACCUGUGUCCGCCGCACCGCCCGCACCUGCCGGGGUGACCUGGCCUACCACUCUGCCCAGCACGGCAUUGAGGACCUCAUGAGCCAGCACAACUGCUCCCGGGAGGGCCCCACGUCCCAGCCGCGGCCCCGCACCCCGCCCCCUCCCCGUCCCGACAGCCAGGAGCGCUCGGAUGGACCGGAGAUCUGUCACUACGAGCGCGGCUACCAGCGCCACUCCGCAGCCCCAAACUACACCCACUGCGGCUUCUUCGGAGACCCGCACCUCCGCACGUUCAGUGACGACUUCCAGACCUGCAAAGUAGAGGGGGCGUGGCCUCUCAUCCACAACAAGUAUCUGUCCGUGCAGGUGACCAACACGCCUGUCUUGCCUGGUUCCUCUGCUACGGCAACUAGCAAGCUGACCAUCAUCUUCAAGAACUUCCAGGAGUGCGUGGACCAGAAGAUGUACCACGCCGAGACGGAUGAGCUGCCGGCGGCGUUCGCGGACGGCUCGAAGAACGGUGGCGAGCGGCACGGGGCCAGCGCCCUGCGCGUGGUGGAGAAGGUGCCGGGCCAGCACGUGGAGAUCCAGGCCCGCUACAUCGGCACCACCAUCGUGGUGCGGCAGGUGGGGCGCUACCUCACCUUCGCCGUGCGCAUGCCCGAGGAGGUCGCCACCUCCGCCGAGGACGGCGACAACCAGGACCUGUACCUAUGCCUGCACGGCUGCCCGCUCAACCAGCGCAUUGACUUCAGGGCCUUCAGGGCCCGGGCAGCCGAGGGCCACGGCUCGCGGGGGAGGGCGGGGGCCCCGCACCACGGCUUCACCUACCAGUCGGCUAUGGCCAAGUGCAAAGAGCGUCUCCCGGUGGAGGACCUCUACUUCCAGUCCUGCGUCUUCGACCUGCUCACGUCCGGGGACAUCAACUUCACCCUGGCGGCCUACUACGCUUUCGAGGACGCCAAAAUGCUGCACUCCAACAAGGACAAGUUCCACAUUUUCGAGAGGGCGCUGGGCGUGGGCAGCGCGGCCCCGCGGGAUGUCUCCGCCCUCUCGCUGGCUCUUCUCCACCUGCUCGCUCUCCUGCUGUGGACUCAGUGCUGCUCUGCGCAGCUCUAGUCGCCUUUGCUCGGUCGUCGCACGGCGCUAGCCGUCGGUGGCACCUGCAGCCCAACCUUCUCACCGUGUCAAACGUCGGCCCACUCCGUACGCGUCACUCCGCCGUGUGUGUCCCUCGGUCGGACCGCUCCUGCCAGAGGAAACGGGGCGCCGCUGAGAUUCAGGGGCAGUCGGACUCAUUCGUCAACGUUCACAUCAUUGUGUGUGUCAUUGUCAUGCGUGGAGUCAUCUGGCAGACGUCAGGAGAGCUCUCCUCGCCACCAGAUGGCGCUUUCAUCCAUUUGUUCGAAGGACUGGUUCUGUCAUGGUAGGCCCAGUACUUGUGGGGUCUAGAAGCCUGGACUUAGAGUGAGUCCCUCACCGCUUGUGAGGGUGAAGGCCUGUGGGAAAGAGAAGUGAGAAGUAGCCUUGAAGAAAUGUGUGCUGCGUUCUUCCUCCUUCGCUGGAAAAAAUGCAGCUGCAGUUCUGCAUGUCUCCAGCAGGUGGCGAGGAGAAAGUGGCAGUUUUCAUCACAGCUGCGUGAUGUAACCGUGGCUUGGGGAAGCGGGACAGUCAUCGAGAUUCAGAGGGCUCAGGUUUGGGUGGGGGAGACGUCCCCCCCUGCCAAAGACCUGUCAUAUGAGCAAGCCCAUCCGUCACUCCUGGAGAUUCACGGGUCUCACUUUGUAGCUGUGGCCGCUGUUCAGUACAGCAUGUGUGCUGGACUGCUCCUCUUUCUCCAACGAGUUUCGGAAAACUCUGAAUACAGCCCCCAGGGUGGUAAUACAGGGGAAGCCUGGUGGCUAGGGAUCAGUCUGAACUGAGUACGUCUGCCAAGAGCAAACUUCACCGUCUGCCAAUCACAGUGCAGAAAGAGGUCCAGUACAUCCCACAUUGCGGGGGUAUUUAAAUCUUCAGCAGUGUUUUUUCAGUUUAGUUUUAUUUUAUGGAUGUCAGAGUUCAUUUGGAAUGAAAAAAUAAUGUUUCUGUUUCAUGAAAAGAGCCCUGAACAAACUACACAGCGGACAGAAAACAAGGUUUCACACUGUCAUGUUCGUGAUAUUAAAGUUUUUUUUUCUGCUUUGGGAUUGGUUUUUGAAAGGCCAAAAUUGUGAUAGAAAGUGUAUUGAAUCUAAAAUAUUCCAGUGUCUUCUCAGUUGUCAUUCCUCCAGUAUGUGUAAAAACAUUGGGCUUCAGGUCAGAUGACAAUGGACGAUGGAGGAAGUUUGUUACAAGUCAUAGUAUUGAUACACCACUUAGUGUAAUGGUACACCGUUCAAGAACCUGGACUGGUACUAGACUGACUCUGGUGGUUUCUUCUCCCGAUCAUCGAGGCCAGUACCUCAUCCCGUCAUUUUGACUGCUCCUCAUAAAGAAAAUUAAAUUAGCCUGGGAGCAUUUGAGGGGGCGGUGCCGUGGCUACGCUGUAGGGCUUGUUUGACUCCAGUCCCUCUGUGGACCCGGGUAUUUACGGCCGAUGCCUUUGCCAAAGAGUAAGACCUUGUGCCAAGAGUUUGCGAACCACAGAGCUCUCCCUUCUGGGACAGUUUUGCGGUUGGAUAAGAAUUCUGGCUGGACGGCGGCCUGGAGCUUGUGCGAUGCUGAAAGGUGCCGCUGGGUGAAGCUUGUGUGAGAUUGGAAGGGGGUGGGGGGGAUUUAUUAAAGAGCUGAUGGGGUGCACUGUGCUUUUCCUCCAUUAAGACAGCCUGCCAUAACAUCGACACCAUUAGCUGCGGUGGCAUCGUCUCAUUGUAUGUCAUUGUCAUUUACAAAGCCGAAACAUCUUGUCUGUUGUAGCUCUCUAGGAGCUCAGUGGGCUUGCUAAUGAUGGGCAGAGGCAUUGUUUUCCACCAGGAGCUGAAGUAUUCCAUAAUAUUUCACAGCACAAAGACUGGCAUGAGGAAGUGUCUGGUUUCCCCGCUUACUUCUGCCUGAAAAUGUCCGUGGUACGUCUCUGGACUGCCAACCUCUGACAUCAUAGGAUCUUCAUAGGACAACAGAGACAGAUUCUGCUUCCAUCUGUACGUAAUACACAGGAAUAGUAGCUCAACACUUGGGUUAGCGAGCUCAUAAUUCUAAAGCCAUGCUUUGGUUUUGAAUUGGUCUUGGUUAGUUUUGGUUAUUUUGAAGACAGCCAUCAAACGUUAUUAUUUCUCAGACCUGAGGUCAUUCAAGGUAACCAACACAAUAGUAUUUGGCAGGCCUUAU